CGUUCAGAACCAGUAUCAGUAGUUUGCGAGUCGGAGUCAGAAAUUAUUCAAAAUUCAAGAUGGCCAUGUGUCACGAUGGUUUCUUGAAUGGUAAUAGUUAACUUUAUUUGUUUUGUGUGAAAAAAGUGCGUAACCAUGAUGGCUGACUUAAGUGUUGAUAUAUCAAAGUUGCCGGACGAGAUAAGAGAUAAAUUAGCCGAAUUAGACUUGGAGUUAUCUGAAGGUGACAUCACACAGAAGGGAUAUGAAAAGAAACGAACACGGCUCCUCACGCCGUUUCUCUCCCAGCAACAGCCUCAAGUGAGGUCGGGCGCGGCGCUUCGCUCGCCGCCCGGGAGGACCAACCGGCGACUCACGCGGAACGAGAGCCGCUACCACUCAGAAGUGAGACAGGAGGCUGUGCAGCAAGCGCUGGCGGAGAUGCAGAACAGACCGAAGCCUUCGCUGCCGAUGCCCUCGAAGAGGACCUCCAUGAUGGCCAAGAGCCCUGACCGAGAGAGACAUGACCUCUCUUCAUCAUCUGACGAAGACUCAUGCGCGGGCGACAGCGAGCUGCCGCCGCCGCCGGAGCUGGGCUCGCCGCCGGCGCGUCGCCCCGCCGCGCCGCACCCCCGCGCGCACCCGCACCCGCUGCCGCAGCCGCACCAUCUCCGCGAGAAGAAGCACGCGCCCAGGGACAGGACCGAAAUGCGUGAACGAACUGAAAUUGACUUAUCCGAAAUCACUCAUCUACCAGCUUACAUCCAGCCUGAUGUGACUCAUACUUCGUCAGGCGGCCGGCGCGGCGGGGCGCUGGUGGCGGACCGCGUGCAGUGCUACGCGCAGCCCGAGGACACCGGCACCGGCACGGGCCGCUGGAAGGUAAGCGUGUCUGCUAAGAUUCAGCAGUUGCUAAACACUCUGAAGCGACCGAAGAGGCGCCCUCUGCCGGAGUUCUACGAAGACGAUGAUAUCGAGCUGGAGCUGGCUGCCAACCCUAAGGAUCCCAACGCCCCGAAGCCAGAAGGCGGCACCAUGACGCCGGCCGUCGGCGAGCAGCUCGUGGUCCCCUCGGGGCUGCCGCGCAACCUCGAGGCGGCUCUUCAGCGAUACGGAACAGCCUCCUUCAAAGCUAAUGUAGCCACUGUUCUCGACCCCAACGGGAAACUCAGCAACUCGCUCAACUAUGGAAAACUACUCAGUCGAUCGCUCAAAAUUGCUCAUGCAUUGCUCAACAAGACUUUUACAUCCAAAACCAGCAGUGGUGGACCCCUAACUGGAGACAACUCUAUCAAGCCAGGGGACCGAGUGGCUCUGGUCUACCCGAACAACGACCCGAUUAAUUUCAUGUGCGCCUUCUACGGGUGCCUGCAGGCCGGCAUCGUGCCCGUGCCUAUCGAGGUCCCGCUGACCCGCCGCGAUGCGGGCCUGCAACAAGUCGGCUUCCUGCUCGGCUCCUGCGGCAUUCAGUAUGCCCUCACUUCUGACAACUGCUUGAAAGGUCUACCAAAAACUUCGUCUGGUGACGUGGUAUCGUUCCGCGGCUGGCCCUCUCUGCAGUGGGUGUCUACGGAGAAGCUGCCGCGUCCCCCGCGCGACUGGAUCCCGCCCCCGCGCCCCGCCGAGGACAGCCCCGCUCACAUCGAGCACACGUCGGCAGCUGAUGGGUCCGCUAUGGGUGUCAUUGUCACCAGGGCUUCAAUGCUCGCUCACUGCCGAAUGCUCUCCGUCGCUUGCAACUACACGGAGGGCGAGCACAUGGUGUGCGUGCUCGACUUCAAGCGCGAGACCGGGCUGUGGCACGCCGUGCUGGCCAGCGUGCUCAACGGAAUGCACGUCAUCUUUAUACCCUACGCCCUCAUGAAAGUCAGCCCCGCUUCCUGGAUGCACAUGAUCACCAAGUACAGGGCGUCGGUCGCUAUAGUGAAGUCUCGUGACUUGCACUGGGGCCUGCUCGCCACUCGCGACCACAAGGAGCUGUCUCUCAGCUCCCUGCGCAUGUUGCUCGUCGCUGACGGCGCCAACCCGUGGUCGCUGUCCUCCUGCGACCAGUUCUUGUCCGUAUUCCAGAGCAAAGGUGUCCGCGGCGACGCGAUCUGUCCUUGCGCGUGCAGCAGCGAGUCGCUCACGGUGUGUGUGCGGCGCGCGGGCCGUGGCGGCGCCUCGGCCGGCCGCGGAGUGCUGUCCAUGUCCGGCCUCUCCUACGGCGUGGUCCGCGUCGAUGCUGAGAACUCGCUCACCUCGCUCACUCUCCAAGACUGCGGACAAGUCAUGCCCUCAUGCGUGAUCGUCGUCGUCAAAAUGGAAGGUCCUGCGUACCUUUGCAAGACGGACGAAGUGGGCGAGAUUUGCGUGUUGUCCGGGGCGACGGGCUCUGGGUACUGGGGCCUGCCCGGGCUCACUAACACUGUGUUCCGGGUGCGCCCGCUCGAUUCCGACGGCGAGCCCAUCGGCGAAGAGCACUACGUUAGAAGCGGACUUCUUGGAUUCUUGGGACCCGGAGGUCUGGUAUUCGUGUGCGGUUCUCGCGACGGCCUGAUGACGGUGACUGGGCGCAAGCACAACAUGGACGACAUCAUAGCCACGGUGCUGGCCGUCGAGCCGAUGAAGUUCAUAUACCGCGGCCGCAUCGCCGUGUUCUCCGUGCGAGUGUUGCGCGACGAGAGGAUCUGCAUCGUGGCCGAGCAGCGCCCAGACUGCGGCGAAGAGGAGGUAGGAUCAUUCCAAUGGAUGUCCCGCGUCCUUCAAGCCGUCGACUCGAUCCAUCAAGUCGGCAUCUACUGCUUGGCUCUGGUCCAGCCUAACUACCUCCCGAAGACUCCGCUCGGGGGUAUUCAUCUGAGUGAAUGCAAGCGUCGCUUCCUUGAAGGAACCCUUCACCCAGCCAAUGUUCUGAUGUGCCCACACACCUGUGUCACCAACCUGCCUAAACCGAGAGAAAUUCAUUCUGAUGUGGGACCUGCUUCGGUGAUUGUGGGCAACUUAGUUCAAGGUAACCGUCUCGCGUCCGCUCAGGGUCGCGACAUGGGCUAUACUGAUGAUUCGGAUGCAGCCAGGAAGUACCAAUUCAUCUCGCAAAUAUUGCGAUGGCGCGCUCAGAGCACUUCCGAUCAUGUCAUAUUCACGUUGCUCAACUCAAAAGGAGCUGUUUCUAAAGUUCUAACGUGCGCUGAGCUGCACAAGAAAGCAGAGAGGAUCGGUAACCUUCUGCUGGAGAAAGGACGCGUAAACACGGGUGACCACGUGGCUCUGAUCUUCCCACCGGGACUUGAUCUCAUAUGCGCUUUCUACGGAUGUCUGUACGUCGGCGCGGUCCCGGUCACCAUCCGCCCGCCGCACCCACAGAACCUCCACACCACGUUGCCCACAGUCAGGAUGAUCGUUGACGUUAGCAAGGCAACGCUGGUCCUCUCAAACCAAUCUGUGAUAAAGCUGCUGCGUUCCAAAGAAGCCAGCAACGUACUCGAUAGCAAGGCCUGGCCGUUAACUCUAGACACCGAUGACAUGCCUAAAAAGAAACUUCCCAUUCUGUACCGUGCGCCCACCGCCGAGAUGUUGGCGUAUUUAGAUUUCAGCGUGUCCACCACUGGCAUGCUCGCUGGCAUUAAGAUGUCACACGCGGCUGUUACCUCACUCUGCCGUUCAAUGAAGAUAGCUUGCGAGCUGUACCCCUCGCGUCAUAUUGCGCUCUGUCUCGACCCGUAUUGCGGUCUUGGCUUUGCACUGUGGUGCCUCAGCAGCAUUUAUUCUGGUCAUCACUCGAUCCUAAUUCCACCUUCCGAAGUGGAGAUUAAUCCUGCACUUUGGUUGAGCGCCGUCUCCCAAUACAAAGUCCGCGAUACUUUCUGCUCCUAUGGAGUUAUGGAGUUGUGCACCAAGGGUCUUGGCAGCUCUGUCAACCAACUCAAAACUAAGGGGAUAAGCCUUUCGUGCGUGAGGACAUGCGUCGUAGUCGCUGAGGAGCGUCCGCGUAUCAACCUGACGAACUCGUUCUCUAAACUGUUCUCGGCUCUCGGCCUCAGCCCCCGUGCCGUGUCGACCUCCUUUGGCUGUCGCGUAAACAUUGCCAUCUGCCUGCAAGGCGCAUCUAGUCCAGAACCAUCUACUGUAUACGUUGACCUCCGUGCUCUGAGGAACGAUCGCGUUUCGCUUGUGGAACGCGGCAGCCCCCACUCACUCUGUCUCAUGGAAUCCGGAAAGUUACUGCCCGGCGUCAAAGUGAUUACAGCUAACCCCGAGACUAAGGGACAAUGCGGGGACUCUCACUUGGGAGAGAUAUGGGUUCAGUCACCUCACAAUGCUAGCGGUUACUUUACCAUCUAUGGUGAUGAAUGUGAUUACGCUGAUCACUUCAGCGCUCAGCUUGUGACUGGGAACACAGGGGAGGUAUACGCCCGUACUGGAUAUUUGGGUUUCUUGCGAAGGACGGAGAUCAGUACCACUAGCCACGUGUCGGAUGACACGUCGAUGAUGACGCGAGACAGCGACACAGAGUCUCUGGCGUCGGCGUGCGGCAGCAUCAACAUCAACGCGGAGACACACGACACGCAUGACGCCGUGUUUGUAGUGGGCGCGCUCGACGAGACCAUCAUGCUGCGCGGCAUGAGGUACCACCCCAUAGACAUUGAGAACUCAGUUAUGAGGUGCCACAAGAAGAUCGCUGAAUGCGCCGUGUUCACGUGGACCAACCUGCUGGUGGUAGUAGUGGAGCUGGACGGCAACGACAGCGAGGCGCUGAACCUGGUGCCCCUGGUGACGAACACCGUUCUGGAGGAGCACCACCUCAUCGUGGGCGUGGUGGUGGUGGUGGACCCCGGCGUGGUGCCCAUCAACUCGCGCGGGGAGAAGCAGCGCAUGCACCUGCGCGACGGCUUCCUCUCCGACCAGAUCGACGCCAUCUACAUCGCGUACAACAUGUAGACCGCGAGGCGGCGCCGGCCGGCGCACAACCCUCACCCGACCACCUCGUGCUGCCAAAAGUCAACCGGAGCUCGGCCCAAGACUGCGAGUGGCUCUCGAUCCCAUCGCUAAAUGUUUUAAGACGUUUGAGUCAGUGAACCCAACUUCGACUUUUGUUUAUCUCCCUUCGUGUUUAUGUAAUAACGGAAUGGAAGAUCUAAAGACUGCAAACGCGAAUUAUUUGUAAGUUGUUGCGAUCUGAUAUGACGAUCCGUAGUCGCAACUAGACUGAUUUAAGUCUGAACUUAGACUCAUUUAACUUUGUCCCUUAUCCUCACUUUGUAACUGGCUCUACUUUGACAUGUUAUUGUGUAUGUUGCACGCGGACGCUAUAAUAUUACGACGGCCCGUGGCGCAUCGGCCAUGUGCGAGUGUUUUGAUUCUGCCAAACUUGCUAAAAGUUCUUUAAAGUGGUUUAUGAGAAGCCUGGUGUUUUUUUUAUAUAUUUCAUGACUUUUCCUACUAAAUUUAAAAAGUUUCGAAACUUCUAACUUAGUUUGUAAAACUUUAUGUUGGUUCAAAUGAGGAAGGUACCUCGAUCUACCGGUGAGAAUAGGCGUUACUAGUGACAGCGGCACUUGUCUCGGCGCCACCUGUACGGUCGCGGGCCGCCUAUACUGCAAGCCGCAGUGCACACAGCGAGUUACCAGAUUGCGCCGCACGAUGACUCUGUACUAAAUUUUCGUAGUAUUAAGUUAUCGCAGUAAAUAUGACUCUGAUUCGACUUUCUUAGCUAAUUUGUAGUAUGUGAUACUUUGUUGUGAUUUCUGUAAAAAAAUGUAAAUAUUAGUUGAAUACAUUGACUGCGUUUCUUAAACUUCACCAGGUUUAUUGUAAUGUAUGUUUAAGUAUGUUGAAGGUUCUCUAACUCAAUCGAGUUAGAUAAUGGGAUUAAGUGUAUUAGCAAGUAUUUGCGUAGAAUCAAAGCACAGUACAAGUCACCAUAGAUGGAAUGUAGUCUUGUUAGUAGAAAAUAUUAAAGGACAGUCGAUACAUUUUUCCGUAACACAUUUAUAUCGUUGUCAUUAAUGUCAAUCAAAUGAUUUCUAAUGCUAGUGUGUAUGUUAAAUUAUGUAUUACGAUAAUAUACUUAGUGUUAGCGAUUUGCAAGUAAAAUGUAUUGCAUUUAAAGUGUUAACGUUAGACUUUCAGUUCUUCUAAUCGUUGAUAUAUUUUGGCGCUAAAUGUUCUCGCUGGCGAUUUUGAUCUGUUGAAGUGAUUUAUUUACAAUAAUUAUAGAUGGAAAGAAAUAUCGAAAUCAUUUUAGUAUUUUACUGUUUUGAUGGCUCGAAGAAGUAGAGAGCGUUUGUGUUUUUUAUAAAAAUGAUUUUCAGUCUUAAUAUAGUACGAUACGAUAAAUAAAUAAUCAUAGUCAUAGCCAUGUUUGUUGCUGGUCUAGCAACGGACACGAUCCGUUAUACCCUCAUCGGUACGGAAGUUUUUGAAAUCUUGUUGUCUAUUGGUACUUUUCUGAACUUUCAAUCAAUAUGGAUGUCUAGCAAGCUUGUCACAUAGGACACUCAUUUCGUUGUUCAUUCUUCGUGUAUUCGCAGUGUGAAGCAAAUAUUAAUGCUUACUCAACACAUCUGUUUUGUGUCUAUUCAAUGUUAGAUCUCAAUGAAUAAAAAUAGUAAUAAUUAUAAUACAUUAUAUGUGUAAUUCUCAAUGGCGUGUUAACAAAA